AGAAUCCUCUCAUUCACUUACAUUGCUUUCCCUUCUCCCAAUCUGAUGCGAAUCUGAGAAAUAGAAGACUAAAUGCAGAAGGAGAGACAAGGAAUCCACUGUUUGGGAGGGGUGCAGACUGGUCUAUGAAUCCAGGCAUUGCCAUCUCCCUCUGCUACAUUCUGUUUUGCUUCCUUGCAUUUCCAGUUGCAGGCUGCUCUCUGGAGAUCACAUGAUCCUGGGCUAGGUGUCUGGCAGCUGACUGGUGUAAUGCUGCUGCUACUUUCCUGUGCUAAGCUGAUUUACUUGUUUAAGGUCUGACCUCAUCAUCCUGUCAGUAUGGAAUCCCACCUACACAGUUAGCAGCAUUGGAGGAGCAUGGGCUGGAGGGGCUUGCAGCAUGCACCAGUCACAGGGACCAGUCUCCAGUCCUCAGCUCCUCUGAAGGACUAGAGAUCGGUAAAGAUCUGCACAAUCCCAGGUUCUUCUUGGUUUAUUUAUUGCAAGAGAAGAAGAAAAAGAGGAAUAAAAAAAUGUCAGUGUCUGGGAAGAAAGAGUUUGAUGUGAAGCAAAUCCUGAGGCUGCGCUGGAGGUGGUUCAGUCACCCCUCACAGGGUUCUCCAGGAUCUGGGGGGUGCCUGCAGCAGGAAGGAUAUGAGCACAGGGGGACUCCGGUUCACAAUAGGCUCAAAAACCAUUCACGGGACAGGAAUGGGCUAAAGAAGAACAGCAGCCCUGUCCACAACAUCCUGGCACCGGUGCCAGGUCCAACCCCUGUCCACCACCGAUCUAUCCCAGCCUGGCACCAACAAAACAUUAUAGAGCACCUACAGGCCAGCGAGGAGACCCCCAAACCCAACAGCACCGAGGAGAACCUGGGCAAAGAAGAGAACAACAGCGUCCAGGAGGUCUCCAUCCCCUCCCAGGAGAACACGGAGGAAACCGCAGGCAGGCUUCCAGUGACGGGUGGGUCCCCCAAUAGGAUGAACCCCACUGGUUCGGAUGAAUACUUCCAAAGCUUGAACCAUGCAGAACAGACCUUCCGCAAGAUGGAGAGCUACCUCCAGCAGAAGCAGCUCUGCGACGUUCUCCUGAUCGCCGGCAACUACAAGAUCCCGGCACACAGGUUGGUCCUCAGUGCCGUGUCCGACUAUUUUGCUGCAAUGUUUACCAACGAUGUCCGUGAAGCUAAAGAAGAAGAGAUAAAAAUGGAAGGAGUCGACCCUGAUGCCCUUAAAGCCCUAGUGCAUUUUGCUUAUACAGGUAUUUUAGAACUGAAGGAAGAUACCAUAGAGAGUCUUCUGGCUGCCGCUUGUCUUCUUCAGCUUUCCCAAGUUAUAGAAGUUUGCUGCACCUUUCUUAUGAAGCAGCUUCACCCUUCAAACUGUCUGGGGAUUCGGUCAUUUGGGGACGCACAAGGCUGCGUGGAGCUCCUGCGGGUCGCUCACAGCUACACUAUGGAACAUUUUAUUGAAGUCAUCCGUAAUCAGGAAUUCCUCCUCCUGCCUGCGAAUGAAAUCGCCAAACUGCUGUCGAGUGAUGAUAUCAACGUCCCAGACGAGGAGACCAUUUUCCAAGCAUUAAUGCAGUGGGUAAAACAUGACAUACAGAUGCGGCAGAGGGACCUGGGAAUGCUCCUCUCCUAUAUCAGGCUACCACUACUCCCUCCACAGCUACUUGCAGAUCUAGAGAACAGCCCGAUGUUCGCCAAUGAUCUGGAUUGUCAGAAAUUCCUGAUGGAAGCCAUGAAGUACCAUCUCUUACCGGAAAGAAGAUCCAUGAUGCAGAGUCCUCGGACAAAGCCUCGCAAGUCUACAGUCGGGGCUCUUUAUGCAGUGGGCGGAAUGGACGCUACCAAAGGGGCCACGACGAUUGAGAAGUACGACCUACGGACAAACAGCUGGAUACAGGUCAGCACCAUGAACGGUCGGCGCCUGCAGUUCGGGGUGGCCGUGAUCGACAACAAGCUCUACGUGGUCGGAGGGCGAGAUGGACUGAAAACGUCAAACACUGUGGAGUGCUUUAGCCCACUCACCAAAGUGUGGACAAUAAUGCCCCCAAUGUCAACGCAUCGGCAUGGACUGGGGGUGGCCGUGCUGGAAGGUCCAAUGUAUGCUGUAGGCGGCCAUGAUGGAUGGAGUUACCUGAACACAGUGGAGCGCUGGGACCCUCAAGCGCGGCAGUGGAAUUACGUGGCCAGUAUGUCCACGCCCAGGAGCACGGUUGGCGUUGCAGCUUUGAAUAACAAAUUAUACGCGGUCGGGGGGCGAGAUGGCAGCUCCUGCCUUAAAUCCAUGGAAUGUUUUGAUCCUCACACGAACAAGUGGAGCAUGUGUGCGCCAAUGUCAAAGCGACGGGGUGGCGUGGGAGUAGCUACAUACAAUGGAUUCCUGUACGCUGUCGGGGGCCACGAUGCGCCGGCGUCAAACCUUUGUUCUCGGCUGUCAGACUGUAUGGAGAGAUAUGAUCCCAAGACUGACAGCUGGACGACGAUAGCGCCGCUGAGUGUUCCUCGCGAUGCUGUUGGAGUUUGUUCGCUUGGUGACAGACUCUACGCUGUGGGCGGAUACGACGGACAGACCUAUCUUAAUACUGUUGAAUCUUAUGAUGCACAGACCAAUGAGUGGACGCAGGAUGUCCCGCUGAACAUUGGACGAGCCGGAGCGUGCGUCGUUGUUAUAAAACUACCAUAAAGCAUUUUAGAUACAUCCCUGGAAAAGAAAGGAUAAAAAAAUUGGCAACAUUUAUUAGUGGUCACAUAACCACACGAUUGACUGGAUCAACAUGGCCUACAGGAAGGACUUCACUGAUUGUUUUCUGAUAAAUUUUGGAUUGAUAAAACUGCCAUUUUAUAAAUCGGGUAAAACUCUGAUAUACACUGAAUAUUAUAUAAAAAAAAUCAGAAAAGAAAAAAAAAAAAGAAAAGAAAAAGGAAGCUAAAGAACGGUCACAUUUUACACAUAGGAAAAAAAGUUCUUUAAAAUAUAUUUUAUGUAACAUCACAGAAGCCUGGAAGUGAUGGCGCCUUAUAUUUUAAUAUAUAUAAUUCUAUAAAUGAUAAGGAAUGGGGAGGGGGAUUUUUAUUAAAGGAGAAUAUGAUUCGUAUUUUGGAUUCUUCUCCCGUUUUCUGCCACUUUUAGUCCAUUUAGGAGAAUUAUUAAUUACAACUGAAGAUGUCAAUAAGAGAAACCAGCGGGGACCAAAUCAAUUCAGAGGGAGGAACAAAAGGAACUUGGAAUGUCUCAUGGAGGGAGUUUUAAUUUUGUUCACAUAAUUUAGUCUGGCUCUUUCUUAAAAUGGUAAAAAAAAUAAUGAGAUGACUGGCCCCUCCAUCUAAUGACUCUGCUGGUCCUGCACCAGUCUACUCGGCAAAGCUAAGAAGUCAGGUAAAGGUACAUAGGUCAGCUUACUGUAUGUUUUGCUACUGGUCAAUAUAAAACUGCAAUAUGGUGAAAAUAAAUGUCAGCAUUGCCUAAGAUGACAUGGAGUAUGGCCCCUGCCCCCUAAAACCAGGGAGUAAAAUGAGAGUACCAAACAAAAUCCUGUCUGUUUAGUGUUACUAUCCUGCCUUAUCAAGACCCCAUCUGUACAGCAAAUCCCCCUCUACAAAAAGUGAGAUGACUGCUGAUCCCUCCCUCUAAAGGAGUCGUCCAGAAAUAGAACAACAGAACAAAUUUCUUGCUGAAAUGCAAUAACACAACUUAAGGACAGGUGUGGUGCUGUUUUUGGAAGAAAUCAGCUAUGUCUUUCUAAUCCUGGAUAAUCAUUUUAAUGACAAUGAAAUGACUCUGCACCAGUCUGAACAGCAAAGCUGAAUGUGAGCUGGAAGUACAACAGAACAUCAGUAAAUGCCCCUCUCCAAAAGAAAAAUAGGAGGACUCUUCUGAUCUUCUAUUGACAAUGAGAUGUCUCUGUUGACGCUGCACCAGUCUGCACAGCAAAAUUUAAAAGUGAAGUUGCAGCACAAGAGCCUUCCUAAAGGAGUGCUCCAGUGAUUUUUUUUAUCCCAUUGUGCCGAGGCUGCAAAAAGAACAAACUUUUAUCUCACUUUCUAUCGCUCCCCUGUUGCGCCGAUAUAGCCUUUCUGUCCUCUAGUCCCAGUCUUCUUAGUGCUUCCGUGUGCACAGAUCAUCACACUGUAAUCAGUGUAUUGCCGGCCGCAGCA